UAUGUUCCGCAAGCAGGAACCCAGUACGCACCUACAAUAAGACCUGGUUUUGUACCCGCAACGCCACCACCACGGCCGGGCUAUGUGGGAGCGAGACCUGCGUAUGGACCUGUGCCCGUCGGUGUUCAAUCUAUGACUGCUUCGGGACCUGAAGUAGAAAAAUUGACAACACUUUUCAUUGGAGGAAUAUCACCAGGUGUCACUGAUGACUGGAUGGAGAAAGUUCUCAAGGGAGGGACUUCUCAGACAUGUGGGGCAUUGAAAUCUUGGAAACGGGUUAAAGAUCAAUCAGGAAAUCCUAAAGGAUUUGGUUUUGCCGAGUAUCUAGAUGCCGACAGUGUUCUCCGGGCGCUGAGAGUCCUAGGUGGUGAAGGGGCCGGCGACGAUAAGAAAGAUAAGGGUGUCGUACUACCUGCAUUAGAGGAAGGGGCUGUCGGAAAAAAAUUAAUAGUUAGAGCUGAUGAAAAUACUAGAAAAUAUCUUGACCAAUACGAAGCGUCGAGGCCGAGAACUCACGAUUCUGAACUCGAUAAGAAUGCUCUUCUAGCUGUAAUAAAAGUUGUUGAAGACAUGUCAAAACCACAUGAUUCUAGAUCAUCAUCAGCUACAUCUCCGCAUGAUAAGGCAAGAGCUGAACAAGCUAAAGAACGUUCACAUGGAAGGGAAAACCGAGAUCGACAGUAUGGACAUUAUCAUCAUCCGCCAGUUAAUUUUGUUCCUGCUAGAGAAUCAAGACGUGAUUCAUAUAUACUGGAUGACGAAGAGGAGGAGCAAAAACGACAGGCUAAAAGAAAAACAGAAAUGGAAAUGGCGUUUAAAGAGCGGGAGAGACGCUGGCAACAUAGAGAAGAAACAAUGGCAAUAAAUCGUGAACGCGAUUUGGAGCGUGAAGUUGAUGCAAGAGAGAAACAAAUACGUGACAGAGAAUUGAUGGCACGUAAGCUAGCUGAAUGGGAUGAUGAUGUAGAAGCUGAACGAGGACAAGAAGAGUAUUAUCGUGACCGAUCUCGUUGGUGGUCCCAUCGGCAGCAAGUUCGGGCACGCGAAAUGGCAGUGGAUGAGCAAGAUAGGAUUCGUGAACAGCAGGAGUUUGAAGCAGAGCAACGCAGAAUAGAAUGGGAGCGUGCGCUUGAAGAGGAGAAAAGACUACGUGCUGAAGCCAUGGAAGCGGAAUUAAGUGAAGAAAAAGAUCUUUUAACACACUCGGCGAAUGGUUCUUUUUCUAGCAACAAUAUUAAGGCAAAGCUUACAUUGAAUAUAUCUUCCAAGCAAUAUAGUGAUAAUGAAGAUGAUGAGAAGAAAACUGAGGAUAGGAAGAAGAAAAUCAAAGAUUUGGUUGAUAUCAUUCCUUCGGACAGGGAAGGUCUAUGGAAAUGGAAUGUCAAAUGGGAAGAGCUAGACGAGACAAUCAUCGAUAAGAAAUUGCGACCGUUUGUUAAUAAGAAAAUUGUAGGAUAUCUUGGGGUACAAGAAGAUGAAUUAGUUUCAUUCGUGAUGGACCACUUGCGCCAUAAUAAAUCAGCUGAACAAUUAACCAAGGAAAUGGAAAUGACAUUGGACGAAGAAUCCGAGCUUUUU